AUGAAGUGGCCCACCACAAAGAAUUUUGGCGAGAUUGCCGGCUUCAAGUGGUCAUUGUUCGCCCAUCGAUUCCGGUACGGUGGCGGCACCAUCCUCAAUGAGAGUGGGCUUGUAGGUGAUGCACAGCAGAACUUGAUUAUGAAGCAUGUAGACAUCCGAACGUUUCUGAACCAUUACCUUCCUCGACGAAUCGGCACCGAUAUGCAGGCACUGAUGAGGGACCUUGCGCCAGAUUCCGCCAUGAUGCGCGCUAAAGCCACAGUCGAACAAGAUCCAGAGCUCCGGAAAGCCAUUCAGAAGCGGGAUGCAUUCAGCCGGAGGCUUCAGCGUCGUCGGAAAACGACUGGUCGAGAUUCAGAUCGACUUGCCAAACUGAAGAGACAGGUCACGAAUGCGCGGAAUCGGCUGCUGUAUGCCCUCCGCCAGCGAGUGCGGGAAGAAUCCGACGAGGAGCAGGCGGUCCUCGACAUUGAGCGACAGCUAGCGGGCACUUCGCUUCCCGACGAAGAGGCCAAGGAACAAAUCCAAGCCACAGAGCACCUUCUCCCACAACAAACCUCCCUCAUAGGCAAACUUAUGACGUGGCCCACCUCUUUGUCAGUAGAAGACGAGUGGCGGCGACGCAAUGAGGCCACUGAGGCUGUACGGCUGUAUUGUGAUGUCCUAGAAGGCGGCCCGCGACGCGGGCGACGAUGA